CAAAGCACUGUUCACUGACCGGGAAUCUUUUAGAUGGAUACAGCGAUCUGAUGGACUAUUAUUUCACUGUUUGGGAGUAAUAUAUGUUCCUUUAUCUAUAUCUUUUCAUGUGGAAACAUUAUUUUUUGUCGUGAUUCCCUUUGCAAAAGACGUUCUGUGGUGCAGCGUAUAUUUUGAACAGAACAAUGAGACGGCAAGUACUGUUUUUUAUCUCGAUCUUCUAUAUAGGUUAUGUUGUCGGUCAAGUGAGCUUCUCUAUUCCGGAGGAAAUGCCAAAGGGGUCUGUUGUCGGAAAUAUAGCUCGAGAAUUGGGCAUAGAUGUGAGGAGACUAAAGUCAGGUAAAUCUCGUAUAUUUACGAGCGACAGCGCAGAAUACAUAGAGCUGAGUAGGGAGAGAGGAGUCCUCCUCGUCAAAGAGAGAAUCGACAGAGAGUCACUCUGCAGACAGACGACGCCUUGUGCUUUGCAUUUGCAGAUUAUUCUAGAAAACCCAAUGGAGCUUUUUCGAAUAACGGUCGAAAUCACUGAUAUAAACGACAACAGUCCAAGUUUUAAAAACGAUGAGAAACGUUUUGAAAUAAGCGAAUCCGCAGUUACAGGAUCGAAAUUCGUGUUAGAAAGAGCGGUCGAUGCAGAUAUUGGAAUAAAUGGCCUGAAAAAUUAUAGCCUGAGACCUACAGAUAACUUUGUUCUGAGAAUCGAAAAUCAGGCUGAUGGACAUAAAAAGGUUGAAAUGGUUUUACAAAAGCCGUUAGAUCGAGAAAAGCAGGAACAAAUAUCAUUGUUGUUAAACGCCGUAGACGGAGGGGAUCCUCAAAUGUCGGGUACGGUAAAGAUUUAUGUGACCGUACUCGAUGUGAAUGACAACGCUCCGGUUUUCACGAAGUCGGUUUACAAGGCGGCUAUAGCCGAAAACUCUCAGAAAGGAACAACAGUGACAACAGUGAGCGCUUCUGAUGCAGAUAAAGGGACAAAUGGGGAUGUUUCUUAUUUAGUAUCAGCUACAAUGGAUAGUGUAUCUGACAUAUUUACAGUAAAUCAAAAUGGUGAAGUAAUAUUAGUUGGUGAAGUUGACUUUGAAAAAGCCAAGUAUUACCAAAUUGAUAUUGAGGCCAAAGACAGUGGUGGUCUUUCUGAUUCCAGUAAGGUUAUAGUUGAUGUUAUUGACAUUAAUGAUAAUGAGCCUGUAAUCAGUAUACUUUCGAAAUCAGAUUCUAUUCCUGAAAACUCUCCCCAUAAUACAGUUAUAGUUAUGUUCAGUGUCUUUGACCCAGAUUCAAGUAAUAAUGGUCAAGUAAACUGCAGAUUAAAUAGUAACAUACCAUUUACUAUUACAGCUGCCUCAAAUGAUUUCUACAGCUUGGUAACAGACAGUGAUUUAGACAGAGAGAGAGCCUCUGAGUGCAACAUCACUUUGACCUGCUCUGAUGAGGGAGUGCCCUCCCUCUCCAGCAGCGUCAUUCUCACCUUACAGAUCUCAGACGUAAAUGAUAACGCGCCUGUCUUUGAGAGGAGCUCAUAUGAGGCCUAUGUUGUAGAAAACAACACACCAGGUCUCUUGAUAUUCACAGUCAAAGCCACAGACGCUGACUGGAACCAGAAUGCCCGUGUUUCUUACAUACUGGAGGACUGCUCCAUUAACGGAGUGCCAGUCUCUUCAUAUGUGUCGGUUAGUGCUGAUAGUGGAGUCAUCCAUGCAGUGCGCUCUUUUGACUAUGAGCAGAUCAAAGAUUUCCACUUCCACGUAAAAGCGCAGGAUGGAGGCUCUCCUCCACUCAGCAGCAACGUGACUGUGAAAGUAAUGAUCCGGGACCAGAACGACAACCCCCCUCAGGUUCUGUACCCAGUCCAGACUGGUGGCUCUCUGGUGGCUGAAAUGGUGCCUCGUUCAGCAGAUGUGGGCUAUCUGGUGACUAAAGUGGUGGCUGUUGAUGUGGACUCUGGACAGAAUGCCUGGCUCUCCUAUAAACUGCAGAAAGCCACAGACAGGGCGCUGUUUGAAGUGGGCUUACAGAAUGGAGAAAUCAGAACUAUCCGCCAAGUCACUGAUAAAGAUGCUAUCAAACAAAGACUGACUGUUAUAGUGGAGGACAACGGGCAGCCCUCUCGUUCAGCUACAGUCGUUGUUAACGUGGCGGUGGCGGACAGCUUCCCUGAAGUGCUGUCGGAGUUCACUGAGUUGACACACGACAAGGAGUACAAUGACAACCUGACUUUUUACUUAGUCUUGGCUCUGGCUGUAGUUUCCUUCCUCUUCAUCACGUGUUUAGUGGUUAUUAUAUCAGUCAAAAUCUACAGAUGGAGACAGUCUCGCAUCCUGUAUCACUCCAACCUGCCUGUCAUUCCAUAUUAUCCACCACGUUACUCAGACACUUUGGGCACAGGGACUCUUCCACAUGUGUACAAUUACGAGGUGUGCAGGACGACUGACUCCAGAAAGAGUGACUGUAAGUUCGGCAGAGCUGGUAGUCAGAACGUGCUGAUAAUGGACCCCAGUUCUACAGGAACGAUGCAGCGGAUACAGAGUGAAAAGAGCAUCCUGGAUGAACCAGACUCUCCUCUAGAGGUCAGUUAA